UUGUGCCAGUGAAGAAAUACAGAGCAGAUUUAGCUUCUGGUUGUGCCGGGUGAUGACAGGCCUGACACAGUAAUUCCCAUUAGCAUCAUCCUUAAGAAAAUAAGAACAUGGUGAUUGACCUCGCACAGUGCUAGUUUAUUCUCUGAGCAAAGUGUUUUUCGCUUGCUGGUGAUGGGCUGUACAUUGUCGUUUAUGUAAGCUGUCUGCUCCUCUUUUUCUCUCUUUACAUGCACUUUCUACUAAUUACUUUUCUUAGAAGGUUUGGAUCAAAAUGCCACUCGUGUGAUGGAGCCCUUCUGUUCCAAACGUUCAUCACAAGAAGCUGCUGAAGGACAGCCCGCAAAGAGGAUGAAAUAUGAAGAAAGCAGUCUAAAAUCAGAGCUAGAGGGACUCACAUGUGAAAGUGGAAACCUUGCUGCACUGGGGGAAACACCUAAAACGUCUGAUGGGGAUGGAGGCUCAAAAGAUCCAGGAGACAGCAUUAUAACCCAACAGGAAAAAGAUGAAAGCGUUCCAGAGACUGAUGAAGGGAAGCAGGAAAUGGAGCGUGGUGUUUCUCUGGAGCCACACGCAGUGAAAUCCAGCGGUACUCCAUUAAAAACGGGUGGAUAUCUGCACCACUAUCACGUGUUCAGCGAGGAGGAGAGCAGCUGUGGGAGCUUUGACGAGGCCACCUCGGAGGAUGUGGAUCGCCCGCGAAGGCCGAUGCUCCUGGAGCACAGCAGCGGCUUCUCGGAUGAGGACAGCAACCAGCCCAUGCCAGUGCACCGGUUCUUCGGAGAUGUUGAACUGCAUCUCCCGGCAGUCGAGCUCCCGAGCGUGACGAGGAGCAGGCGAGAAGCCAGGAAGCUCCAUUUCAUCGCAAAGGAAGAUGAUGAUGAGGAGGAGGAGGAGAAAGAGGAUGUUGUCUAACAACAAACUGUAAACAAAUUAAACCCUUUUUCUUUGUGACCACAUGGAAAUGGCUGUGUCGGUAACAUGAGGUGUCUGUUUGCCUUUUCUCAGGGAGAGAACUGGAAGAGGUUUUAUUUGCUGGAAUUGGCAGAUACAGUAUUCCAGUGAUGAUCUGGGGCAAAUACUGAAUUUUCAGUGAUUUGGAAUUAAAGUAUAAUUUAGCACUUUAGCACUGAUAUUUAGGAAAAAACAGGGAAAACGUAAGUUCUUACUGCUUUUUUGUAAAUUUGAGCCUCUGUCUUGAGGAGGUAUUUGGUUUCACUCUUUUUUUUCAAAAUAGUCAAGAAGAGGAUGCUGGAGCAAAGUUCUCUUUCUUUUAAUUCUGCAAUGUCCAUGGCAUCCAGGUAAUAAAGGAGCAAACUGACUCCCUGGUACAAAGAAGGUUAAAGGUCUCCCUUGUGUGGGCUGUUUACACCUAACAUAGGACCAAUUAAACCUCUAAAAUGCAGCUCUGCUGGCAAAAUGAAAUGCAGGAUGUCAAGAGUGGGUUCAGUGUGCUCAUCUCGGGGAGUUCAGCACGUUUCCAUUGCAUGUCAUCUCCCCAAACACCCACCCCGUGGUGCUGCCUCCUCCUCCACCUGCUGCUCUAAGUGUGCAUUUUCAUCUGGUUUCCAGCAGGGAUUUUGGAAACAAAUGCUUUGGUGGUGAUACACAAGGAAUAACAUCCCUUGGAUUUGAUGGACAGAGGAAGAUUGCUAACGCUGUGGGGCAGCCCCCUCUGCAUGUUUAAAAAAAGAAAAAAAAAAAGGAGCAAACUCAGCCAAUUCCAGGAACUGUUAAUUCACUCAGUGUUUGUGGGUAUAUUUCUUUGAAAGUGUGAUUAUGUAAUAAGCUUCUAGAUAUUUAUUGUUAUAGCUCCUUCUAUGUUUCUAAAAAUAGAGAGAAAAUGUUAUCAGCAGAUGGUUUAAAUAAAUAUUAAUUUCUACAGCUAAAGCCUGUUAAACAUUCAAAAGUUGUAAGGCAAACAAAUUGCAUAUGCAUGGCAUGGUAAUGCAUUCCCAUUUCCACUCCAGCUGAUGCAUUGUUUCUGUCAAAGAUAUUUCUUGGCUCCUUUUCACUCUAAUUCUGUAACACGGAAAAAUCCAGAUUUUUAAAUUGCAUAUUCAUAGUUCCAGCCCAGCUCUGUGUUGCAGCAGCUCCUCCCAUUCCUUCAGUGUUGCGUUUGCUGCUGGCUCUUUCUAGCAAAGACAGUUUCACACACAGACAUUCAUUUCGGUGCGCAAAAUGCAUUUUCAGUUUUGGGGACACGUGCCACACAGGUGACACCGGGUUUGUCACCAGAAUCCUGCCAGUGCUGCCCUCCCCAACGUCAAACAGUGCAGGAGGGGAAGCUGCAAGGAUCGACUGCGUGCAGUGGAGUUAGAAA